GUGUGCGGAAUUUGUGAGUUUAAAAUGCAACCAAGAAAAUUCAUAAUGUCCCAGCUGGUCGCGGCCACGGUCGCUCUCCUGCUAGCCGUUCGGUCAACGGUUUGUGUGCCAACGCACUCGAUGGAGAUGGAGCGCUUCCGGAACAGCAUCGAUUUGGACGCGGAGCAGACCGAGGCCCGGUACGAUCAGGAGAUGCUGUCCGACAUAAUGAAGGAUAACGAUCGUGGCGAGCUGCAGAAGGCGGAAUCGUGCCUGGUGGACGACUACAAGUACGACCACGGCCAGAAGAUUCAAAGGCUCGAUCCGUGCGAGAUCUGCCUCUGCAUCGAUGGUGAGAUAUUCUGCUGGUGGAAACAGUGCGAUUCUCAAACGAAAGCCGGCCUGAAUGACGGCGACCAGGACGUGCCGGCCGAUGGUCAGCCCGUUGAGUCGUCGACAACGGCACCGUUCGUGUACAGGUCGAAAGGUUUCUCCAACACUUCACCGUCGCCGGCCGGCGAAGGAACCAUGGACGGUACGACACGGGAAAUUGUAACGGACACUCUAAGUAACGGCGUUACGACGGCCAUCGGCAGUACCGUGGCCAUAUCGACUCCGGUACCCAACAGUGAGGAUGGUGCCCUUCCACUGGACACGUCAACCCGUCAUGGUGAAGUGGUCGAUGGAAUUCCGAAAAGUAUGCUCAGCUUCCCCCAAACGCCUCCCAUCAUGAUGUACCGUCCCGGCCCCAUCGGUUCAUCGAAGGAGGGAAAGGUCACCGAAGCGGGACGAAAGCUUAAGCCAGGUGGCCGUAAACCGAAAGGCAGAAAGCUGAAGGAUCAAAGAAAAACGCAGAAGCUGUUCGACGUGAACCGCAAACCGACGGUAGCCAUUGCUAGCGAUGCUCUGGCUCGGGGUUUGGGCAGCGGAACUGUGCGAACUUCUUCGGACAGUUUCCGGGAGCGAUCGGAAUCAAGCUCUAAGGAGAACGAUCCAUCGGUAGUCAAACAGCCGGAGGGUCCGAUGGGUGCUUCCGAACUGCCGGAAGAAUUCGGCGGUUACGGGUACGGGAUGAUACGCGAAACGGAACCACCUCACGGACACCCGGAAGUUGGCCACGGUCACGAUCGAGAUGUCCCGCAGCACUACAUCAUAACGUCUUCGGGGCACGUGGAAAUGUUCGACGACAGUGGCACGAUCGGUGGACCGGAAGUUGGUACCGAGCUCCAGGAACCGGUUGCCGGUCACGACCGCGAUGUGCUCAGUUUCGAUGGUCGCGUUUCGUCCGUGGUGCCGAAGGAUGCCAGUGAUGAGGACGAGGAAGAUAGUGGGGCAGAGGAUGGGGUGGUCGCCCCGGCCAUCAUGCUGACGACCAACGUCACCCAGGGUGGGGGUGGUUCCAGGAGCCCCUCAUCGACCGCCGCUCCGUCUUCCGUGAUCGACAUCAUCAACUCGACGACGCUCGAGACGGACUACGGUGAGGGAACGAACCAUUCGGAGCUAAUCUACCCGGAAGUUUCCGGGGUCUACGUUCGAACGGUGGACUUUGGUAGCACCACGAGAUCGCCAACGGUCGAACAUUGCGUAGUGAUGGGUGUGACGUAUCCGGUCGGAGCGGUACUCAAGCAGGAAACGGGCAACUGCUUGCAGUGUGUGUGCGUGGCCGGACCCGAAAAUGAUCCCUCGCCGAGGGUGACUUGUACGCCGCUCAACUGUCCACCGUUGAUACUGCCAGACAUACUGGACGGAGCAGGUUUCUAGACGCCGC